UCUCAAGCAAGCUAAUGUACCUCAAUGCAAUUUUUCCCAAUUGCAGUGUUAAAUUCGUCCAUCCAUUUCUCUCUCACAUACACUCACCGCCCGUUUUCUUGGUUUCUCGAUUUUAUUCCCUCAUUUUGUGAUUUAAUGACGAAGGUAUAAAAUAUCAGAUUUCUCUCUCUCACGGCAGCUGGUCAAUCCCCUAUUCAUCGCCGUCGUUGAGGCCGUUCUCCACGGCAGGGUUCAAAUCAAUCAAACAGGUUUUCAAGUUCUAGGCUUCCAAAUUACUUGCAAUUUCACUGUAUACUGUUAAGGGUUUUGGAGUGAAGUUGCGGAUUGUGAUGGAAGACUUGAUUCAGUUGAACUUGUAUGCAAUGUCAACUGUCACAAAUAUUACUUUUUUAAAACACUGAUUACAAGCAUAUUGUUAUCUUGAAAGGCUUGAGAUAUUCUUGCAAGAGGGAUUAUCACAGGGAUAUUUUAGUUACAGACUUAAAGUAAUGCCUCCUCCAGAAUCCUCCAAACAGCAGUUAAAGGUCUCUAUAGAUGCCGAGCAUGCAAAAUGUAGCAUCUGCUUAAACAUCUGGCAUGAUGUUGUUACUAUUGCUCCUUGCCUUCAUAACUUCUGCAAUGGAUGCUUCUCCGAGUGGUUAAGGAGAUCACAGGAGAAACAUUCUACUGUGCUUUGUCCUCAGUGUAGGGCAGCUGUACUAUUUGUUGGUAGAAAUCACUUUCUGCAUAGCAUUGAGGAGGAUAUGCUACAAGCUGAUUCUUCAUUAAAACGUUCAGAUGAAGAAGUUGCUCUUCUAGAUUCAUAUGCAUCAAUAAAAUCAAAUCUUAUUAUUCAAAGUGGUAAGAAGCUCAGCCAGAAGAGGGCUCGUACAAGUUCGGAUGUGGAAAUUGAUGGGGAAGAAUCUGGGGAGUUCCCAUGCCUUCAGUGUGGUACAGAAUUUAAUGGCUUUCGUUGCAGCCCAAACAUGGUCCAUUUGCAAUGUCAAGCUUGUGGAGGAAUGAUGCCUUCAAGGACGGAUAUUAAUGUUCCACAACACUGUUUGGGGUGUGAUAGAGCAUUUUGCUCUGCUUAUUGGCAUGCUCAAGGGGUUCAGAGAAGUAACUCUCACAUGGUGUGCAGUAAUGAGGAUUUUAAACCGGUUUCUCAACACACUAUCUCUCGGAUUCCAUUUUUGGCGCAUGAGAAGAAUCAGCAUGAACAGGAUAUCACUGAGAGGUGUAUCAGACAAAUGGGUAAAACAUUGCAAGAUGUUGUCUCAGAUUGGAUUAGCAAGCUGAACAACAGAGAAAUUGAUCGGACAAGAAUGCCACUGAAUCAUGCUGAGAUGAUAACUGCAGGAACACAUGUUUGCAAUGAUUGCUAUGAUAAACUGGUCUCCUUUGUCUUGUACUGGUUUCGGGUUUCAUUGCCCAGACAUUUCCUGCCGGCUGAUGCAGUUAACAGGGAAGAUUGCUGGUAUGGAUAUGCAUGUCGCACCCAACACCACAAUGAAGAUCAUGCGCGUAAAAGAAAUCAUGUCUGUCGUCCUACAAGGGUUAAUUAUUAAUAACCUACUCCCUUAUAUGCUACCUAACUAUUUAUCUAGUUGUGUUCUGUUCAUGUAACUUAUUGGUCAUUUUGUACUUGGCUAAAGUACCCUUUCUAACCUUCUCAUCAUGAUACAUUAUGGUGUUUUUCUGUUUUGAAAGCUAGGUUUUCGUAUUACGGGCUCUGUGAAAAAGUUAGGGGUGUGUUAACUUGCGGAAACUUUUAUCUUUUUUCUUAAUAAUAAUAAUAAUAAAGAAAAUUUACU